CGAGACGAUAUGUCAGCACUAGUCUUAAAAAAUGAGGUAAAUACAAAGCACCAAUUAUAAAUUUUUUUUAGUGAAUAUCUGUGAUGUGAUAUAUUGCGGGGCGGUGCGAAUAUCUAUAUGUUUUAGUCAUUCCUAGAUAUUUCAAGCAGAUUCUAGUUGGUAAACAGUGUAAAAUCCAGCUGAAAUGGAUGCGAAGUUAAUUUUGAAAUGGAUAUCCACCUUUAGUAUACUAAAUUCAUCAGUGCUUGGUAGUUACGGGCUCGUACCAAAGCCGCGUAACCCUGACUCUCAAAACAAAACCAAAAGUAUAAUUCCAGAGAAUUACAUAAAAGAAAUCAGACCGCCGACUAUGCGGGGAAGCCCGAUUGAAAUUGAUUUCAGCAUGAGGGUGGUGGAUAUUAACUCUAUCAACGUUGAGGAUAUGGAUUUCCGAAUGGACAUGUUCUUGAAACAAGAAUGGCAAGAUGCUAGAUUGAAAAUACCAGAAGAAAUGUUCGAUUACGGAGACGACUCAAUAACAUUACCUUCGCAGUUUUUCGAAAAUCUGUGGCAACCCGACUUAUAUUUUCUCAAUUCAAAAGUUGUUGAGAUCGCAACAUUAACACACAAAUUUUCAUCGGUAACGUUGUUUAAGAAUAAGACGAUAAGGUAUGCCGCAAGGAUGCAUGCUAUAGUUGCAUGCCAAAUGGAAUUUCAACAUUAUCCAAUGGACACCCAAGUUUGCCCAAUAGCAGUAGAGAGCUUUUCCUACAAUAACAACAAAAUGAUACUCAAAUGGUCUGGAGCUGGUGUGUCGCUUAGUCCAGAGCUUAAACUUUUACAGUAUAACAUUCUUCCACUACAUUUAAGUGAGACACAUGAAUAUACAAACGAAAAAAAUGGUAAUUUUUCAAGGCUAGUAGUAUACUUCAGAUUCGAGAGACAAAUCGGACACCAUCUAAUUCAAACCUUUGCUCCAUCGACUCUAGUGGUGGUACUGUCAUGGUUUAGUUUUUGGCUGGACCUGGAUGCAAUCCCAGCAAGGGUAACACUAUUGGUUACAUGCCUUCUAACACUGGUUACCAUGUUCACUGGUCUAAGAUCAGAUAUUCCAGCAGUGGCCUAUAUCAAGGCACUUGAUCUAUGGAUGGCUGGGUGCAUGAUAUCAGUUUUUGCGGCACUAGGAGAGUUUGUAAUAGUAAAAGUAUUAUAUGGGAAAUAUAACUUGCUCAAAGCAAAAGAGGCUAAAAUGACAGCACAGGAGUCAGCUCUGUCACAGUGGGUUCACCAACCGCCUCCCAAGUAUGUGCAUCAUUUUCGAUAUCGACAUAUGGGCAAAGAUAGGUUCAUCAAACUUUAUUGGAAAACAGACAAUGGAAAAGAAAAAGUAAUGUGGAAACAAAUAGACAGGACCAGCAGAAUCGUUUUUCCAUCAUUUUUCUUCAUCUUCUGUAUGAUGUACUGGACUAUACUAAUCUUCGGAUGCCGACACAAACACUAGCGACUACAAAAAUAACAACACAAUUAAAAAACACAAAUUUUAUUAACUAUAAAAGUACAAUACAAUUUAUACAGUCAAGCAUAUAUGAAAAACAGUUUAGAAUAUUGCCUGUUUGUUGUUAUAAGGCACCUAUGUUGAUAAGUAAUAAUUAUACUUCUAUAUGAAC